GGUGCAGCGAACCACGGAGGACCCAUCAAAAACGGAAGAUACACAGAAAACGCUGCCUGCGUCAGACCCGACGGCCUCCCAUGAUCCCUCUAGCGUGAAACCGUUGACUGACCAAAAAGCAGAGACGCCGAGCAUGACAACGGGUGGGAACGCCAUUUCGGAGUUGGAGACGGUCAACGAGGAGAAGAAGGCAGAGGAGAUGCAGCCGGCGCACAGUCCGCGGCCCAAUCGGCGCCGUGAGCGCGACCGCUCCGACGACGAGGCCUCGCCCGAGCGGGCCCGCGAGCGCCGCCGCGACGACGACCGCCAGCGCAGCGUCCAGCCCGUCCUUCCCGCGGAACCGGACGUCGCGGCGUCGCAUCCGGCGCCGGGAACUUCGCCGAGCGGAGGACAGUUUAUCUUCGGCCAAAAUCUCAACUCCCGCGUGACCAACGCCGCCUCCGGACCGGCGCCCUUCUCGGGAUUCGGGGGCUUCGCGGCGCUGGCGCAGACCUCCUUCGGGACGGGCUUCGGGGGCUUCAGUGCCGGGACAGCGGCGCCCGCCUCCGGCUUCCUCUUUGCUCAAGCCCUGCAGUCGCAACAGCCCAAGACCCCUUCCGCGGACGAGCCGGAUACGAAAACAGAGGGCGCGGUCAAUGGGAAAGCCAAGGCCGGUGAGGACCCCGUGGAGCCCCAUUCCGGCUCGUCGCUGGCCGAGUCGGCGCGCAUCGAGUACGCCGCCAAGAACCAGAAGCCCUUAUUCGAGGAGGUGGACGUGGUGACCGGGGAGGAGGGCGAGUACAAUGUCUUCGAGACCAGUGUGAAACUGUACGGAUUCGACGCCGGCGCGCAGCAGUGGAAGGAGCGGGGCCGGGCGGCGGCCCGCCUCAACGAUGCCGACGACGGGACGUAUUCGCGGCUGGUGGUGCGGAUGGCCGGCACGCUGCGCAUCAUCAUCAACAUGAAGCUGUGGAAGGACAUGGUGGUGAAGCGCAUGUCGGAGCGCAGUGUCUCCUUCUCCGCCCUCGACGCCGCCGACGGCCAACUGCCCAAGGUCUUUCUCAUUGCGUGUUCGGCGGCGGAUGCGGAGACGUUCCACAGUGAGCUGAGCAGUCGCGUGGAGCAGUUGCGCACCGAGGCGCCCCUGCUGAUCGCCACCCGCGGCGCAGAACGCCUGUCCCUCACCGCCAAGGGCGAGUCGGGUCUGGACCGCAGCGACACCUCCCUGGAGGAGAAGCCCCACGACCUCCAUCCCCCCAAGAAGCCCAAACGCGAGGACUGACGCGUGCCCGGCGUGGCGCUAUACUUUUGGCUAGUUUUUAACGGGAAAUGACCGGGAUUUUUGACUUGUGUUAAGAAAACGGGAACGAUCCGGGAUGGUAUUGUGUUAUUACUGGUGUUCCGGGAAAUUCCCAUGUAUUUUCGUUUUGGGGAGGAUGUUUUGUGGGUGGGGGGGAAUUGGAGAUUUUUUUCGGUUUAUCCUUUUCCGCGAGUAUUUUUGUCGGACCGGCAAUGGCAAUAAAAAAA